GAUCCCGAGCGAGACGCUUCUCAUGCCCAUGGCCGUCAUGUCGCCUGCCAGCUUGCUUGCUGCAGGCUGGAGGCGUGGAGAGAUGUGAGGAGUCAAUUAGUCGCCUUGGAUCCUUUAUAGUGCUCCAAGGACCCGCCCACCAGCACCUCGAGCUCCCCAGUCCAGUGUUGUGAAGUUGAUCUCCAGCUUUUUUUUCUCCUGCCCUUCACCGCGUUUCCGCUUCCUGGUCGAUUCCCGCGAAACCCUCCUUCUGCUUCCCCGAACGCGACAUUCUCGCAGCAAGACGACAAGAUGGCGUUCAGCGGUCGCAAGUUCUCCAUCAACCGCCACACUGGCGUCCCCAAGCCCGUCGUGCGGCGCGGCAGCAUAGGUGGCGGCGGCGAGCCAGGCGCAAACGAACUCCAGUCAAAGGUUCAUCGUCAAUUCCGCAAUGCCCACGAAGGUCACAUGCCGCAUGCAGGCCUCGACGCCUCGCGUUCCUCCACCGGUGUCGUCUGGUGCACGGAGCGCGCUUCCGAAUAUGGCUUCCUCGAAGACCCAGACAGCUGGGCGAACCUGGGCCAGGGUGCCCCCGAGGUCGAGGACGACAUUGAGGGCUGCUUUGAGCGACCCAAGACCAUCGACAUCUCCGUUGCCGGCCGCGAGUAUGGUCCCACCGCCGGUAUUCGACCCCUGAGAGAGGCUGUCGCCAAACUCUACAACGAGACGCACAGAAAGGGGAAAGAUUCCCAAUAUACCUGGGAGAAUGUAGCCAUCGUUCCUGGUGGCAGGGCCGGUCUGAUCCGUAUUGCCGCCGUCCUGGGCAAUGCGUACCUGUCCUUCUUCUUGCCCGACUACACAGCUUACAACGAGAUGUUGAGCUUGUUCAAGAACUUUGCCGCUAUACCCGUGCCUCUAUCAGAGGAGGAUGGAUACCACAUCCACCCCGACAAGAUCGCCGAGGAGAUUGCCCGCGGUACCUCCGUCAUCCUCACCUCGAACCCGCGCAAUCCCACCGGUCGUGUCGUGGCCAACCCCGAGCUCGCGGAGAUCCAGGACAUUUGCCGUGGCCGUGCCACGUUCAUCAGCGACGAGUUCUACUCUGGCUACAACUACACCAGCAACUGCGACGGCAGCACCAUCUCGGCCGCGGAGAACGUACAGGAUGUCGACGAGGAUGACGUCCUCAUCAUCGAUGGUCUGACCAAGCGCUUCCGCUUGCCGGGAUGGCGUAUCGCUUGGAUCCUCGGCCCCAAGGAGUACAUCUCUGCCAUCGGCUCCUGCGGCUCUUACCUCGAUGGCGGUGCCGCCCAUCCCUUCCAAGAAGCCGCCGUGCCCAUGCUGGACCCUACGCUCGUCCAGGCCGAGAUGGUCCACCUCCAGCGUCACUUCCGCGACAAGCGCGACAUGGUCGUCCGUCGUCUGCGCGAGAUGGGCUUCGUCAUCAAGUAUGUCCCCGACUCGACCUUCUACCUGUGGCUCAACCUCGAGGGCCUCCCCGGCGCCAUCUCCGACGGCCUGAACUUCUUCCAGGCCUGUCUGGAGGAGAAGGUCAUUGUUGUGCCCGGCAUCUUCUUUGACCUCAACCCCUCGCGUCGUAGGGAUCUGUUCGACAGUCCCUGCCACCACUUUGUCCGCUUCUCGUAUGGCCCGCGGAUAGACGUGUUGAAGAUGGGUCUCGACGCUAUCGAGCGCGUCGUGAACAAGUAAGUUGCUUUCGCUCUUUUGAUCAACUGCAGAGUUCCUUGUCUGACUGUUUACAGGUACCGCCGCUCGACCUAGAC